AAAAAUGAACGUGGCAAUGAAGUGAAUCUCGCGUCCACAUCUGUCGAACAGCCUCCGCCGCACUCCGCUCCGCACCAACAGCCCGCCGCCGUUUGCGGCGUCGUACAACCGCAAGCACCUCCGCACUCCCGUCGCGCAAGGUGCUCCGCAGUCUGUUAGCAGCCCUCUGCCUCUGUUCGCGUCUCAGCACAACAGGGACUUGAUGGGUACCGAAUUUGAAACAAUUGAGGCAAGAUUAACAUCUAUGCUUGCCCAGCUUCAAUCUGAGGGUGGCAUCCUAUACAGAAUGGUAUACAAGAAUAAGAACCAGCACCGACGCUGCUCCUAUUUCCAGCGUCUUUUGAAGGUGAGGAGGGAUUUAAGACUUCUGCAAUUGGCAAACUUGGAGGAGCUUGUAACAUCAUGUUUCCAUGUCAUUAAAGGAGAUAGACCAAAACAGAAGGUUCAUCUUUUAGAGAGCUUAAAAAGGAGAAAAUGUGAUGGUGAAAAGCAUAAUUUUAUGGAGCGCCUGUUAGGAGCUGCACGUUUACUAGCUGAGAUGGUUGAACCAAUAUUGAAGGCUGCUUCUGAGAUAUCUGUAUUAUUUGCUCAAUCUUUUUUUAUGGGAUUUUCUCUGACAAUAAUGGCUCUGCUUGCACGUCUUCGAGUUUUGGUUCAACAAAUAUUACUUGAUGUUGUUUCAUUGUUCAACAUGGUUUCUCCCCUCUCUAUAACAAAGCAAUCAAUAAAAAUAAAUCAUAAUGGAAUUGAGCAGGUUUUUAGAGAUUUCUACCCUGUCAGUGAUGAUUUUGUUACAUUAGAGUGUGUUUGGAAAUCAGACAAGUUUAUAUUACUUGAGACGAAGCAUAAAAAGAAGAAUGAAAGUCAAGUUGAGGACUCUGGUGGAAAUGUCACUAUCCAAACAUCCGAUGUUAAUUAUACUAGUAUUGAAUCUUUGCUUGGGGUUAAGAACCAUGAUGAUCAGCUUGUUCCAGAGAGAGUAGAAGCUGACGGUGUUGCCCAAGAAAAUCCCUCUCAUAUCGAUGAUACGAAUACUGAGUUGUUGACUGGCUCAUCACAAAUUGAAAAUAAGGAGACUAUACAUAAUGAGGAAGGAAAAAAUCAAGGUACCACAAAAGCCUCCAUCAACGAAUCUUCACCAGAUGUUGGUUUGCAUGCAUCAUCAAAGUCUUCAACCAAUGACAAACUUCAUUCUUGUUCGAAGAAGGUGGCAUUUGUCUCGAUCAAAAAUCUUGCAUUAACACGACACAAAUCUUAGUGUCUGUUUGGUUGCAAGUAAACAACAACACUUGAUCCAUGUCUGGGCUGAAGCAAUAAUUUAUAGCUUCUACAUAUUUGUUGAUAGUUGACAUGAAAAUUUUGCCAAAACUUUAGUCACGAACGUGUCUCCAAACACACGGUACUAAUUAAUGUUAAGACAUUCAACUUCGUGGGAAAUUGAAGUGACCAUACAAAGGAUGACAUGGGGAAUUUCGAUUGUAAAUACAAAUGUCCAAACACUUGCUAGUUGUUAGUUUAUUUCCUGAUGUAAAUGCAAAGGAAAAUUUCGAACAUGACUAGGUAUUUUUAUUGUUUUGAUUUCUUAGCUGGUCUCUUGGAUUUUUCAGCAAGUAUUUAUAGAAAACUCUUGAAUGUGUUUGGGUCCAUAAGUAUGAAUUAUAUUUAAACAUGCAUGA